UUCAUAUUAAUUAAGUAGCUUUUAUAUUAAUAACGGGAUGAAUAAUUAGUCUAACAAAUAUUAAUUGAAAAAUUAAUUUAAAUAAGUUAGUCAAGUUUCAUGUUGGUCAUUUUUUUCAGUGUGAAAGUUUAAAAACCUUUUUGUAUAUCUUUAAUUUUUAAAAAUGUUCAGGUCAAAAAUUUUUUUUAAAAAUGUAUAUAUUUAAAUAGUUAGAUGUUUGUUUUUGUCGGGAUGAAAAUUAGAUUUAGUUUGGACUUUGGGGCGAGAGGGAAAAAUCCUGCUGUGCUUGUUUCUUUUUGGCGCACCAAAUCAAUAGCUCGCCAAGUCCUGGAGGGAUCCAUCCUCAUAUUCAGAGCUCCAAUCGAGCCCCAUGGACGACAUGGCUGCCUUCUACACGCAAUCCCAAUCCUCGACUCAUCAUACUUUUCCAUAUUAUCAACAUCCUCAUCCCUCGUCGCUUGCGGUGGUGCCACCGCCUCCUGGUGCGGCUCCUCCCGGCCCCCACCAUCUGCCUUCGCAGUAUGGGUCGUACCAGCAGCCCCUGUUUGCUCCUUACGGCCCUUCGAAUCCUCUUCAGUAUUCCGCUGACGAGGUUCGGACACUCUUCAUCGCCGGCCUUCCCGAGGAUGUGAAGCCUCGCGAAAUCUACAAUUUAUUUCGAGAGUUUCCCGGUUACGAGUCAUCACAUCUUCGUAGCCCGACUGAGUCGUCACAGGCUUUUGCUUUUGCUGUAUUCACUAAUCAGCAGUCUGCACUCAUGGCAAUGCAUGCAUUAAAUGGGAUGGUCUUUGACCUUGAAGAGGGGUCAACUUUAUAUAUAGAUUUAGCAAAAUCCAACUCUAGGUCUAAGCGCACAAGAAUAGAUGAUGAAAUAGUUGGCUCAGAUAAGAAGGCUAGAGGAUCUUCUUUUUCAAGGGCAACUCCUGAUUCUGCAGGUGUUGGCAGCAUACACAUGCCUGGAAUGGGUAAUUCUGCUUACAACACAAACACGUAUGGUUAUCCAUCUGCACAAAGCCAACGUUAUGUUGAUGGUAAAGCUUUUAAUGACAGUGCGGCGGCAAAUUUGAAUAACUCCGCUCGCAUUCCGCAAAAUGUGACCCCAUGCCCAACUUUAUUUGUGGCUAACCUGGGGCCAUCUUGUACCGAACAAGAACUAAUGCAAGUAUUUUCCAGAUGUCCUGGUUUUUUGAAACUGAAGAUGCAGAGCACAUAUGGAGCUCCAGUUGCAUUUGUUGAUUUUCAGGAUGUUGCCAGUUCAACUGGAGCUCUAAACAGUCUUCAAGGCACCGUUCUUUACUCCUCAGCAGCUGGGGAGGGAAUGCGGUUGGCAUAUGCAAAAUCACGGAUGGGUAUGCGGAAGAAGCCGAAGUAAGAUGCUUGCUGCAGGAACGAUCAAAAAUAAAAUGAAAAUAAAAGGACGAAAAGGACAAGAGACACGGAUCUUGAUCAGUCAUUUUGAGUUGCUGUCCCUCGAAAUUUGCCUGCCAAUUGAAGAGUGGGUGGAUCGAUGCUAUGCAUGUACCUGACUUCCAUUUUUUGUUUUUACGUCGUUUGUCGGUCCCAGCGCUUUCCGAAUCCUUAUUUCCAUUAUGAAGUACAGAACGAUAAAAGUUGUGUUCUCCGCUUUAGUGCCCUUGGUUUAGAAUCCUCACGUCCAUACUGUAUUGUAGUAUGUGUAUAUUUAUUUUUCAUACAAGUUCUCACCUCAACUGUCAACUGUUGUACUUGGCUAAUUGUUUUUUCCUGGAUUUGACACGUUUUAUAUUUUAUGCUAA